GCGAGUUUGUUCUCUGUCUAUUGUAUCAACAAAAAAAUUUCGUCACUCGUGAUGAUGAUAAUGUGGGAUGCGUGACGAGGAUUGCGAAAUUUUUUUUCAAUAAUCACAGCAAAAUUUUUUCUGAAGUGUUGCUGUUUUUUUAACUUCGGUAUCAGGUGGUUAAUAUGAACGGAAAAAAUGGUUUGACGCGAGAGGAUAUAAUAAAAAUCAACGAGACGAUUCGAGAAAAUAAUUUACACAAACAAGAAUUGAAUUUUAAAAUUAUUGUUAUAGGUGACUUCGGUGUCGGCAAAACAUCAAUUAUUGGGAGAUAUACGGAAGGUGAAUUUUCAACACAAUAUAAAAUCACCAUUGGAGCAGAUUUUGCUGUAAAAACGUUAGAAUGGGAUGAAAACACCCGAAUUAAUUUACACGUUUGGGAUAUUGCAGGCCAUGAACGAUUCGGAAGUCUAUUGAGUGUUUUUUAUAGACACGCGGUAGCAGCUGCGAUAGUUUUUGAUUUAACACGCCCUGAAACAUUCAAAUCUGUAAACAAGUGGCUUUUGGAUUUGAGAAAAAAGCUUCAUAUGCCCGGGGGAAAAUCAAUACCUAUAGUAAUUUUAGCAAAUAAAGGUGACAUAACCAUGAAUACAUUACCGCCAGAAAUCGAUGAGUUCUGUCGAAAAAACGAUAUUUUAGCUUGGUAUACCACAUCUGCCAAAUACGAUAUUAAUAUAGACGAAGCUAUGAUUAAACUGACUAAUGCAGCUAUAACGAACCACAGGAAUUUACAAUGUUCGUUAAUGACUGACGAAGAUAUAAUCAGUUUGGGUGAAAAUUCUGAGGUACUUAAACGGGACAAAUGCUGUAGUUAAAUAUGAAUCUCUUUAAAUGUUAAUUGCAAUAUUUUUUAUGAUUUAUUUAAAAAAAAACAAAAAACUUGUUAUUUAAUAACUACAUAAAUAAAAGUCUUUACAAUA